CCAUGUAAGAAUCGAGCGAUACAAAGUUGACGCGACUAAGACGAGCACGGCAACGAGCUACGCAGAUGACGGAGAGCGGUUGAUCGCAUACAAGCGGGAUCCGUUCCGGCGUUCGUUUAUACCAAUUUUCUUUUUCUUCCUCUCUUCCUGCCAGCUUAUUCUCCCUUGGGGUCCCGCCCCUUCCUUCGCUCUCUUCUGUCGGAGGAUCGGGAUGGGUCGUCCCCCGCACGGCGGAGGCCCCGUCUUCCGAUUCACUCAGAACGAGGUGUUGGAGAUGGAAGCAUGCUUGCAAGAAGUAAAUAAUGCAAUACCUCCUCGUGAGAUUAUAUGUGCUCUUGCAGACAAAUUCAGUGCAACCCCUGAACGAGUCGGGAAGAUUGUCGUGCAACCGAAGCAGGUUUGGAACUGGUUCCAGAAUAGGAGAUAUGCACAAAGAGCAAAGUUGGGCAAGGCACCUAAUAAACUUACCAUUUUACCUAUGGCUCGGGAUGAAUCACCUCCAUUUACAAAUGUGGCUGCUCCUAUUUCUGCUCCUUCAGGGCGGAAUUCUACUGAUAAUGCUUUGGUGGAGUUCGAAGCAAAGUCAGCUAGGGAUGGAGCAUGGUAUGAUGUUUCAGCCUUUCUUUCACACCGAAUGUUUGACACCGGUGAUCCGGAAGUUCGGGUUCGAUUCUCAGGAUUUGGUGUGGAAGAAGAUGAGUGGAUCAAUGUACGCAGAUGUGUUAGGCAGCGAUCACUUCCAUGUGAAGCUGCUGAAUGUGUUGCUGUACUUCCAGGAGACCUCAUCCUAUGUUUUCAGGUGUUGUCAGCUAUUCUAUGUUUGGAAGGAAAAGAACAGGCUCUUUAUUUUGAUGCCCAUGUUCUUGACGUACAAAGACGAAGACAUGAUAUACGUGGAUGCCGAUGUAGAUUCCUUGUUCGUUAUGAUCAUGAUCAGUCUGAGGAGAUAGUUCCACUGAGAAAAGUGUGCAGGCGUCCAGAAACUGAUUAUCGGCUACAGAUGUUGCAAGCUUCAAAAGUAUCUGGAGGACCAGUUGAUCUGCAGGCCGCAGCAAGAGAUCUGACUCCAAGUUCAUCCAAGGAUUUCGGGUUACAAAGGACCCGAAAGCAGCGCAAGCUAAUGGAUGUCAACACUGAUGAGGUAACCAUGGUCGCCCUUUCUCAUCCAAAUGAUCCUGCUAGCUUGCAGGGUGACAAUCCAGCAGCAGCAAUCGAGAACAGUAGCAGCACCCCUUCAAAUGUCAUGAUGGAGGAUGCUGCAGUCAACAUGGAGAGCAUCGACUCCUAGCAAGAGGGUGGUUGACACAUUGUAUUUUGUCGCUGAAAUAUUGUAGCCAGAUUUAGUGGUAAAAAAUGGAGAUACGCUAUGGUAGACUGUUUGCACUCUGCCCAUGUAGAUGUAAUUUCUUAAGAUUACAGGCUAGUUUUUGGCGAUGUUUAUUUUGUGGUUUGGAAAGGAGAUUAAUGUUUAUAAUCCUUUUUAUUAUUUAUAAU